UUAGACCUGAGUCAAACAAUUGAAGACAAGAAUUCUUGGUGUGAAACUCUUGGUAGUGUGAUUUUUGAAUCAAUCACUGAAUACGCAAUCAUAAUGAAUGCAUUGUUUAACUAUUGUUCAAAAAAAGCCACGAGCAUAUUCCACGUGUGCAAGUGUUGUGUUCCCAACAGUCACACAAAAGAGUUACAAUUG